AUGGCGGACCCUAACACUGUCCAGGAAGCCGAGGCUUCCAUGGCCAACCUUUUGCUUGACGAUGUCACCGGCGAGAAGGUGUCCAAGACCGAAUUGAAGCGCCGUCAGAAGCAGCGCGAGAAGGACGCCAAGAAGAAGGAGAAGGAGGCUGCCGCACCCCCCAAGACCGAGAAGAAGGCAUCGGCCGAGGAGGAGGAGGCGAACCUAACCCCGAACCAAUACUUCGAAAUUCGCAGCAAGAGAAUCAACAAGCUGCGCGAGACUAAGCAGCCCGAUCCCUAUCCUCACAAGUUCCAGGUCACCACCGAUCUGCGUGAGUUCCUCAAGGAACACGAGGGUCUUCAGAAGGGCGAGCUGAAGCCCGAGAUUCCCGUUCGCAUUGCUGGCCGCAUCUACACCAAGCGGUCAUCCGGUGCCAAGUUGAGCUUUUACGAUAUCCGUGCAGAGGGUGCGAAGGUUCAGGUCAUGUGCCAGGCCCAGAACGCGACUGGCAAGCCUUUUGAAGACCAACAUGAGCCUCUCCGGAGAGGAGACAUUGUCGGUAUCGUCGGUUUCCCUGGCCGUACCAGCCCCAAGAACCGGGCCGACGGUGAACUGUCCAUCUUCGCCACUGAAGUCGUUCUCCUCGCGCCAUGCCUGCAUGCCAUCCCUUCCGAACACUACGGCUUCCAGGAUAAGGAGCAGCGUUUCCGCCAGCGCUACCUCGAUUUGAUCAUGAACGAUCGCUCCCGUAACAUCUUCCGCACUCGGGCCAAGAUCGUCAGCUACGUCCGCAACUACUUUGACAGCCGCGACUUCACUGAGGUCGAGACUCCCAUGAUGAACGCUAUUGCCGGUGGUGCCACGGCCAAACCUUUCGUCACCCACCACAACGAGCUGGACAUGAACCUGUUCAUGCGUAUCGCUCCCGAGCUGUACCUGAAGAUGCUGAUUGUUGGCGGUCUCGAGCGAGUGUACGAGAUGGGCCGUCAGUUCCGUAAUGAGGGCAUUGACCUCACCCACAACCCCGAGUUUACCACCUGCGAGUUCUACUGGGCCUACGCGGAUGUCUUUGAUCUGAUGAACGUGACCGAAGAGCUUGUUUCGGGUCUGGUGAAGAGUGUGACGGGUGGAUACGAAACCACCUUUCACACACAGACUGGCGAGACUUACAAUGUGAACUGGAAGGCGCCCUGGAGGCGAGUCGAGAUGAUCCCUGCCCUCGAAGAGGCGACGGGUGAGAAGUUUCCGCCGGGCGACCAGCUGCACACGCAGGAGACCAAUGACUUCCUCAAGCGGAUCCUCCAGAAGAUGAAGGUGGAGUGCUCGCCCCCCAUGACCAAUGCACGCAUGCUUGACAAGCUGGUUGGCGAGUUCAUCGAGGAGACCUGCGUCAACCCGACUUUCAUCACCGGCCACCCGCAGAUGAUGUCGCCGCUGGCCAAGUACCACCGUCAGAACCGCGGUCUCUGUGAGCGCUUCGAGGCGUUCGUCUGCAAGAAGGAGAUCGUCAAUGCUUACACUGAGUUGAACGACCCCUUCGACCAGCGCCUGCGUUUCGAGGAGCAGGCCCGCCAGAAGGACCAGGGUGACGACGAGGCCCAGAUCAUCGAUGAGAACUUCUGCACGUCGCUCGAGUACGGUCUGCCCCCGACUGGUGGUUGGGGCAUGGGCAUUGACCGCCUGGUCAUGUUCCUGACCGACAACUACAGCAUCAAGGAGGUAUUGGCCUUCCCCUUCAUGAAGGAAGACAAGACCGCUGCCGAGGGCAAGUCGGCUGCCGAGGUUGCUGGUGUUGAGCCCCAACCCGAGGAGGGAAUCCGUAUGUUAUUGAUUUCCUGUAACUUUCAUAGUCCCGUCUCACUAACGAUGAAUCUACAGCCCACAAAUAAAUGA